GAAAAAGGUAAUUCAUCCAUAAUUAAGAGAGUUAUCGAACCUGCAGGCUCAGGAAACGAACAUUUCACCUACUGUUGGCCCUUCUCGGUGUUAUGAAGUUAUGCCUCCCAAAAUAUCAUCACUGGGCCGUCUCACCAGGAAUGCUAUGAGGGUAAAGGAAAUACGGAAAAACGAAACCACAGAAGAAAGGCAAUUAAGAUUAGAAAAUCAUAGGGAAAAACAGUUUGCUAGACGGCGGACAGAAACAGCAGAACAAAGGCAGGCAAGAUUAGAAGCUCGGAAACAGAGCACAUAUAAUUAUCGUACAAAUCGCAAGAUGAAAAUGAUACAGAAAAAAAAGAACGAAAUACAGCAACACUUAAAGAAGCAACACCAGAAUCAAAUGUUAAAAAAUCAACAAUCACAUGACAGAUGGCAAAUGGACAGUGCUUUAUCAUCUCCAAAGACUUCAAAAUGUGUACAUCUAACUACUAAAAUGCCAGUCCAGCAAGAUUCAAGUUUAGCACAAGCAUCGCAAAAUAUUACAAAGCCAGCUCAGGUGUUGGCAUCACCAUUUCAAAUAACUCCAUCCAAAUCAAAUCUGGUGAAAAAUCCAAAUCAAACAACCUUUCUGACUCAUCUCCUGUGUCAUAUCGUGAAGAAAAACUGUGUUCUCAAUCUAGACUCAUAA